AUUAAACAUAAGAAACCGAAAACUUGUUUCCGGUAUGAUCAAAUCGGGAACCAGUUAACCGGAAGCAAGUCUAAACCUGGUGUAGCCUUAAGGUAUAAUAGACAUUGGAACAUAAAAACCUUGAAAAGUGACCCCCUCACAUCACCAUGGCGAGCGCAGUGACCGCCAAGAAGGAGAAGAUGAUGGUGGCAGCCAUUGAUUUUGGCACAACCUACAGUGGCUAUGCAUUCUCUUUGAAAACUGACUAUAAUGCAGACCCGACAAAGAUUUCCAUCAACCAAGGGUGGGUGGCAGGAAGCAUGGCGGUCUCCUCAUAUAAAGCCCCAACUGUGGUGCUAUUCGACCAGAAAGGGGAGUUUAACAGUUUCGGGUACGAGGCGGAGGACGCUUACUCGGAACUCGCCCUUGACAACGAACACCACGACUGGUACUACUUCUCCAGGUUUAAAAUGAGGCUGCAUCAUGAAAACAAUCAAAAGAUUCACAGAGAUAUGGAUCUACAAGACGACAAAGGUCGAAAGCUUCCGGCCAUCACAGUUUUCGGCAAGGUCAUCUGGUACCUGAAGGACCACAUGCUGAAGGCGCUGAAGAAGCGGGGAACCGAGAUGAAAAACGAGGAUAUCCACUGGAUUAUCACCGUGCCCGCCAUCUGGGCGGACUCUGCGAAACAGUUCAUGAGGGAGGCCGCGUAUAAAGCGGAUAUAGCCGGUUCUCAGCUGACGAUAGCCCUGGAACCGGAAGCUGCUUCACUCUACUGCCAGUAUCUACCGACGGAGAAAAUCCACGGCACCGCCGGACUUACGUUCGAUGUGGCGAGUACGGGUUCAAAGUACAUGGUGAUCGACCUCGGAGGUGGUACAGCGGACAUCACGGUACACGAGCGGCACUCUGGUGGGGGUCUGAGGGAGGUCCACAAGGCAAGCGGAGGAGCGUGGGGCGGCACAAGGGUGGACGAGGCGUUCAAGCAAAUGCUCAUUAAGAUCAUCGGUGCCCCUGUGCUCGACAAAUUCUGCGAAGAACACAGGGCCGACUACCUGUACCUGCAACGCGAACUGGAGGUGAAAAAGCGAACAAUGAAGCCAUCUACGUCGGGAAAAAUAACCUUGAAAGUUCCCGUAAAUCUUCGAGAGGCUUAUACUAAAGAGACUGGAGAGUCAAUCGAAGAUGCCAUCAAAGGAUCGCCAUAUGCCGGAAAGCUGGUUUGGCAUUCCGAUAAAAUCCGACUAGAUGCCACGAUUUUUAAAGGUCUUUUUAAAGAUUGCAUCGACAAAAUCGUGGAACACAUUCGGGAUUUAUUGAACCACCCCGAGGUAAAGGGAACAGACUUGAUGCUGAUGGUAGGUGGAUUUUCAGAAUCGGAAAUGAUGCACGAUGCCAUAGAGAAUGCGUUCAAAAAAUGCCGAGUCAUUAUACCGGAAGACGCUGGUUUGUGCGUCAUGAAAGGGGCCGUUAUAUUCGGUCAUCGCCCCGUAGCGAUUACGUCCCGAGUGUCCCGUUACACAUACGGCAUAAAUAUAUCACCGCCGUUCGACCCGAAUUCCCACCCAGAGUCGCACAAAGUAACCAUCGGAGGUAGGGACCGGUGCCAAAAUGUGUUCAAAAGUUACAUCCGGGAAGGUGAAUCCAUACGGGUGGGCGAGGAGCGUUCUGGACGCCAUAUUACCCUUAAUACGCACCAAACGGAAAUGCUGCUUAACAUUUUCGCUUCUCCAAAGAAAACACCGCAGUUCGUCGACGAACCGGAAGUGGAGCUGCUCGGCCAAGUUGUAGUCCAGCUUCCGGAUCGCGAUGAACUCAUAAAGGUCGAGGUGAAGAUGAUAUUUGGCGAGACGGAGCUGCACGUAGAAGCUCAGGAAAUGUCCACCAACAACAAAUACACUUCAUUCUUCGACUUCCUUUGAACCGCCCCGUGGCGUUUACGGUAGUUUCAUAUUGACAUACUAAUAAACUACAACAAAUUUUUAAAAACGUGUGUGUUGUUUGAACAUAUUGAUAACGUAUUCGAAUAUAUGAAUAAAUGUGACCAUUAAUGAUAAGCCUUUAAUUAAUUGGCAAACCUGUGUUGAUUGUUUGGCCUUGUGUCGGUAACGAUAGCUGUCUGUGUGGCGUGUUAUGACUUUCAUAUUUUACAAGAAUACAUCUUUUACAGAGUAAUUGUUAGUAUAAUUUGGAAUUUUAAUUGUUCUGCAAAUAUUUAUUAUUAUUUGUUUGUUUGAUUGUUUUGAUAUAAUUCUCGUAUGAUACAACCUUUGAUGACUUCAAUACAACAUUUGAUGACUGCAGUACAAAUUAUGAACCUUAUGGCGUGUAAGAGUAUGAUAAAUAUAAAAAAUA